UUUUUAUACUUAGACAUGGCUAAAAACACAACACAAUAUGGAACUGCUACAAUGGCACCGACUCCUGUACAGAAAUUACAUAGAUUACAAAGUAAGCAGACAGAAAUUGACAGCUGCAACAAGCUUCAACAGAGGCUCAAUUCUUUCAGCAACAGCAACUGGAGGUCGAAGAAAUCACAAAUACAGUUAGCAUUAGCAGGAUUUAGGUAUACCGGAGAAAGUGAUCGUGUUGAAUGCGAAGAUUGUAAGAAACGUGUUGUGAAAUGGUCUAAAGAUGACGACCCCCUAGAAACUCAUUUUCGUCUUUCACCGCAAUGCCCUUAUUUGAAAAGUUUGGGCUACUCGGUCGAUUUACAAAUCCCCAAAUUCAGAAAGUAUGCAAACUAUAAUACAAGACUGCAAUCUAUGGAAAGAUUGCCUAGUGAAUAUUCUGAAGAGGUACCAAGUUUUGAGUCUCUGGCUCGUUCAGGUUUUUUCUACCAAGGCACUUUUGACCGAAUGAAUUGCUUUCAUUGUGGGUUAGUAUUGAGGGACUGGGAACCAGACACAGUUCCAAAUACAGUUCAUAAACAGUUUGGUAAGAAUUGUGGGUUCAUUGAAAGAGUCUUAAAAAAUGAAAACUCUAAAGGAAACUUCAUACAGAUCAGGAGGUCAAAUCAUCUAAGUUCGAAUAGUGCAGAUAAUACAGAGAUAAAGCAUAACAUUGGACAGUUGAAUACAAAUCUUAAAACAACAUCAAUGGCACAGAACUCACAUGAAAACAUGAAUUCUGGUUUGAAUAUGACUUUAGAUAUGUGCAUGGAGAGAACAGAUAGUGGUCAGAAAAAAAUGGCUACUGUUGCAGUUCAACCAGCAUUGAAUUAUAAGAGGAGACCAAUAGGAAUCUUUUCCUCUGAGUAUCAAAGGCAACAUCGGCAACAUCAGCAACAAAGAGCUUUAGAAGUGGACAGUGCGUCUGUGGACGUCCCAGACUCUUUGAAAAGUAGCAAGGAAAAUGGUCAAACACCAGUGUCAAAAUCAUCCAGUCUUAUACGACCCUCUCUCCUCAACACAAAGGCGUCCGUGCCCACACAGAGUGAAAUGGUGACUGCAGGGGCGGCAUCAACACCUGUGAUCACGCCUAUAGAGCAAGCAGUCAAUGAGAUGGGAUACAGUUUAGAUGUAAUAAAUCAAGCAAUUACAGAACGACAGCAACGUGGCGAGGGUAACUUCCCUGAUGCGACUACAUUAUGUUUAGCUGUUAUGGAUUUAACUGAAAGUACAUCAACCACUCCAUCUGAGAAUACUGAUGUGGAUAUAUGAAUACCAACACUUCCAAAUGUGCCGGACUGUCGGUACCAAAGCAAGCCAGUUGCUCUGCUUUUCAAAAAAAGCACGCCCUGGGCCCCUGACCAAUGGCUGGCCAAUAUGGACAAUGCCAUCAAAAAUUUGUCAGUGUUAUAAUUAGAGAGGCGGUACAUCCACAAUGAAUGUAGAAACACUUGACUAACUUAAAGGCAACCCAUGUACCGAUAAUCUAAAACAAGAAAUUAAUUUUUGCUGAAAUUAAUAACCGGAUUACAUCAGUGAGGUAAUGGGUACUAAUGGUAAUACACAUUGAAAUUCUCACCAUAAUUAUAUGAUCAUUAUGUGACUGUGGGCCUAAUCAUUUUUAAAAUAUGGACUCUGUCUGUGGUUCAUUGCAGUUUUAAUAAUCUUAGCAAAGUAAAAGGUUACCAACUGCCAAAUUUUAACCAAUUGUCAAGAUUAUUGCUAAUUAAUCAUGAAGCGAUAGGACAUAUUUACUUUGUGGCAUUCAUUUCUUGUAUCACAGUAUGGUAUAGCCAUCACUCCUUUCUGUUUAAAAUCACAAAAAGGGAGUAACAUUGAUUCUAAGGUUCACUAUAAGAUCUUUAAAUCAAUCAUAGUUUGAUAAUAAGAAGAAGAUCAUUAAAUCAGUCCUUUGAUUUUAUUGAUUCAUUAGCGAAAGGGUUAAAUGCCAGCCUUAAUAAGAUCAUUUGAAUCCAUGUAUUAUAAGUUUAUCUUCUUUAUUAUGUGAUAUUAGUUUUUAUUAGUGUGCUGAAUAUUAAUUAAUGCUUUGUUUUGAAUUUCCAGCACACAUUAUAAAUUAACUGACAAAAACUAGUCAUUUAUUUGCUUUGAGUUGUUCGUCAGUACCCGUAUAUACAUGUAUCAAGUUGUUUUGUUUUACUGCAGUAAAAUUUUGAAAUUUGAGUUUUAUGCACAUUGUUAAAAUAGUAUAUUUAAUGUAUAUUGGUUAUGUUAAGUUACUGGAAUUUUUGUAUUUGGUUAAACUUUUUUUGAACACUAAAUUCACAUGUCUUCCACCAGUCACACAACAUACAAAUUCUUGAACUUGAUGAUCACUAAUUAUAAUUACUUACUGUGCACAAGAAAAACACUUUUUCAGACGAAAUAUGAAAAUCUUUAUAGGGUUUCAAGCAUGAUAAUUUUAAUAAUCUUUUAUAAUACCAUAAUUUAAUAACAGUAUUAUGUAUUUAUACAAUCAAUAUACAUAUAUCAUUCAAACAUACACUAUAAUGUACGGUAUACACAGUGAUUUUUCAAACAUACUAGUGUAUAAACAGUGAUUUUCCAAACAGUUCAGUAAAGAAUUUAGUGUUAUGAAACAUACUUUUAAUGUAGUAUAUAAUAAAUCAGAUAUUUGUAUUGGUAAUGGUAAAUAUAAACACAAUUUCAUUUUUUUACAAUUUAAGUGUCUAAUAUACAUAAUGUAACAAAACAUGUAUAUUAAACUAAAUUGUACUAGAAUGUAAACUUUAAUAACAAUGUAUAUAAGUAAGGUUAAUAAAUAAAUUCAUGUUUAUUUUGGUAUGUACAGAGGCUUAAAGAUAUAUUUCCAUGCAAAUCACAAUCCGAAUUCAGUACCCAUGGGUUGAAAACAUAUUGAAAAAAUAAAAGAGGAGAAAUAUAUUUGCUACCAAAAACAUAGGUACAUGUACUAAUCACACUGCCAUUAUGAGAAUUGCAAAUGAGAGUGGCUCACUUAACAAAAGGUCCUAGGUUUGGUCCAGCCUGAUUUACCCUUGUCAGUGGUGUAGGACCAAGGGAAAGCAUCUGGUGGAUGAAAAAUAAAAUGUGGUCCUGUGUACAACAUUGACAGGCUAGUAAAGAUCCCCCUGCUAGGGAAGAUAGUAACGUAGUAGUCAUGACAAAAUUUACAGCAGAACGCACUGAUUGUUGUAUACCCUUGUCAUUUUGUGCAGAAAAGUAAGAAGUUAAACCCUGUUUUAUAUCAUUUUGCAAGACAAUAAAUGGGUGAGCUACAUGUAUCGUGUUACCAAGGAAUAUUUUCUUCGCUUCGCCCCCCAACCCCCCGGGUUCAUCUGUCUAUUUAUCUGUCGCACAUUCGCACUUUGAGUAGCAUUUUAUGUGUCAAUGUUUUGGAAUCAUGAAGCGCAAUAACUCUGAUUCUAAUUGAGCGAGGGUGAUGAAUAGAAAUAAAAUGUUUUGCUUCAACUGGGUUAAUGAAGAUGGGCAUAUACCGUGCAGUGUGCUAUGACAGAAAUUUUGCCAGGAUAGUGACGCUACUGCCUACUCUUAUAUCAAAUUCCAUCUGCCAAGAGUUCGUUUAUGUUGCCUACUCUUAUAUCAAAUUCCAACUGCCAAGGGUUCGUUGACGUGCACGCCAAUGUGUACAUGGGACCUUGACGAACGACAAUACGUUGCAGCUUGCCAGACCCUCCGUCCUACACCACUCGUGAGGGGGGACCACCCCGGUAAAUCCUGAUGAACCGGGAUCAAACACAGGGCCUCCAGGUUAACGUUUCACUCACUGAGCCACUACAGCCUCCGGUGAUGAUUAUAGUGUGAUACCAAGAUUGUGGACCUUCUACAGAUCACAAAUUUUAUCUGAUUUUUUUGUCACCCCUGUCUGUCCAGAGGUCCAUUCACAAUGUAGGUUUAUGUCCCAAAGAUCUUGUUUCCUUUCUAUAUUGACAUGUAUCGGACCGAAACUUCAUGGAUUAUAGCCCCUGAUAGUACCACGAUUUUAGCUUGUGGACCCCGAUGUCACAAUUUUAACCGAUUUUGAUGAGACUUAACAUAUAUUCAUAUCCAAAACAUACGAGCAUAUAUAGGACCGUUAUUUUGCGGAUUAUGCCCACUGAUUGGUACGCCCACAUUGAAAUGUGGUUGUGUAUUGUCAUCGCUGUCGGUCUGUCCGUCCACGCUCUAGAGGCUAAAGUUAAUAUCCAAUUGACUUUAAAUUUAUACACAGUGUUUAAGGUCAUGAGACGAAGAAGCCUAUUGAUUUUCAGCGAUUUCCGAUAUUUACUGCCAGAGUUAUGGUCCUUGAUCACUUCAAAAAAUCAUGUGGACGCUCUAGAGGCUAAAGUUAAUAUCCGAUUGACUUUAAAUUUAUACACAGUAUUUACGGUCAUGAGACGAAGAAGCCUAUUGAUAUUCAGCGAUUUCCGAUAAUUACUGCCCGAGUUAUGGCCCUUGAUCACUUCAAAAAAUCUUGAAGGUCUAGAGGCUAAAGUUAAUAUCCGAUUGAGUUUAAAUUUAUACACAGUCUUUAAAGUCAUGAGAUGAAGAAGCCUAUUGAUUUUAAGCUAUUUCCGAUAAUUACUGCCAGCGAUUUCCGAUAAUUACUGCCCGACUUAUGGCCCUUGAUCACUUCAAAAAAUCUUGUGGGCACUCUAGAGGCCAAAGUUAAUAUCCGAUUGACUUUAAAUUUAUACACAGUGUUUAAGGUCAUGAGACAAAGACGCCUAUUGAUUUUCAGCAAUUUCUGAUAGUUACUGCCAGAGUUAUGGCCCUUGAUCACUUCAAAAAAUCGUGAAGCUGUAGAGGCUAAAGUUAAUAUCCGAUUGACUUUAAAUUUAUACACAGUCUUUAAAGUCAUGAGACAAAGAAGCCUAUUGGUUUUAAGCUAUUUCCGAUAAUUACUGCCAGAGUUAUGGCCCUUGAUCACUUCAAACCAGCGGCUGCCAGGCAGGAUAUGCCCACAUUUUCGAGAGAUGGAUAAGAGAACAAGCUAACAAGAAAGUGAUUUUUCCUACUAUCAAGGGCCAUAAUUCAGGAAAUUACAAUUCAAUAUGCGCGAAUAUCGAAAAUAACUGAGAUCUUUGUGUUAUAAACUUACAUUUCAAGUUUCAACAAAAUCGGUCUAUAGGGUCCACAACCUUGAUAUACCGUAUUUUUACGCUAUUUGAAAACGAACGGCGACCAUUUUGUCUGUCAAUUUUGGGUUGAUUUUCACGAAAUUCGAAUUCAAUCGUCUUUAGGGUGUAACAGUGAUAUAAUAACACGUUUUUUUAAAUCGGAUAAAAAUUAUGACUUCUAUAGGGUCCACAAGCUAAAAACGCGAUUUUUCGUACAAUCAGGGGCCAUAAUUCGGGAAGUUAUGGUCCGAUAUGCGCGAAUAUCGAAAGGAACCGAAAUCUUUUGGUUAAAACUUACAUUUCAAGUUUCAACAAAAUCGGAUAAAAAUUGUGAUCUCUAUAGGGUCCACAACCUUGAUAUACCAUAUUCUUACGUUAUUUGAGAACGAACGGCGGCCAUUUUGUCUGUCAAUUUUGGGCCGAUUUUCAUGAAAUUCCAACUCAGUCGUCCUUAGGGUGUAACGGUGAUAUAAUAAUACGGGUUUUUAAAUCAGAUAAAAAUUAUGACUUCUAUAGGGUCCACAAGCUAAAAACGCGAUUUUCAUACAAUCAGCGGCCAUAAUUCAGGAAGUUAUGGUCCGAUAUGCGCGAAUAUCGAAAGGAACCGAGAUCUUUGGGUUAUGAACUUACAUUUCAAGUUUCAACAAAAUCGAAUAAAAAUUGUGACCUCUAUUGGGUCCACAAGCUAAAAACGUGAUUUUUCGUACAAACAGGGACCAUAAUCCAAGAAGUUUCGAUCCGAUACAUGCCAAUAUCGAAAGCAGCCAAGAUCUUUUGGAGAUAAACCUAUAUUUCAAGUUUCGUCAAAAUCGGAUAAGAAUUGUGACCUCUAGAGUGUCCACAAACAAAUUGUGGACGGACGUCCAGACGGACAGGGGCGACGGCAUAAUAUGUCCACAUGAAAAUGUGGGCGUAUAAAAAUCUUGUCGGCGCUCUAGAGGUCAAAGUUAAUAUCCGAUUGACUUUAAAUUUAUACACAGUGUUUAAGGUCAUGAGACGAAGAAGCAUAUUGAUUUCAGUGAUUUCCAAUAAUUACUGCCAAAGUUAUGACGCUCUAGAGGCCAAAGUUAAUAUUCAAUUGACGUUAAAUUUAUACACAGUGUUUAAACUCAUGAGACGAAGAAGCCUAUUGAUUUUCAGCGAUUUCCGAUAAUUACUGCCAGAGUUAUGGCCCUUGAUCACUUCAAAAUAUCUUGUGGAUAUCGUCUAUCCAAUGUCUAUCCAAUUUAAAAGCAAGUGGUUGCCAUGUGUAAGGUAUGCUCACAUUUUGCAAGAGAUGGAUAGAGAACAAGCUAAAGCUUUGUGAUUUUUCGUACCAUCAGGGGCCAUAAUCUAAGUUCUUUUCAUAAAAUGUCAGUUAUCCUCUCACGGUCUCAUAUAAUAAGUAUUAGUCUUUGAAGGAAUUAUUAGUGAGCAGAAAUUUGCCUGUUUAUCUGUUAUCGCUAGUUAACUUCAGUCAGUUAUAUUAUAUAGAAGGAUAACACGUUUUCCUUUUUGCUUUCAUAACUUCUGUUUCAUCAAAUCUUUGUUACGCAUCUAUCGUAGCAAUAAUCUCUGUGUUAAAAUUAUAUUUGGAAGUGUUUAAUUAACCAGUUCUAUCACAUUAUGUGAUAAUGGUGGACACCAAUAUUGUCCUUUAAGUUUCACCAAAUCGUAUAAAAAUUGUGAUCUCUAAAGGUUCCACAACCUUGGUACUACAUACUAUAACUGCUAGGUUCUUCAAUAACUAAUAAGCCUGGAGUGGUUCAUAAAUCUUUUAAUUACUGGAACUUCUAUCUUACAAAUGACAAUAAUUCCAUACAUACAAUGUACACCUAUAGCACAGUGGAUGACCCACAUAGCCGCUACUAAUAAUAAGUGCAGGGGGAUUGCACCACACAUAAUAUGUUGAAAUCACAAACAAACGUACAUAUCAGUUUAAGUGGAUGCAUUCCGGGGGCUAGCCGUAAGCAUCCAAUGCGCCGCACAGUCCUGGGCCUGUAGUGAUACAAACUUCACUCAAAAUUGAAAAACACAAUCAGGAAUAUAACCCAUUGUGUAAUACUAGUACGAGUCAUAAGCUGCUAUAUGCCACAUAAAAUAUGAUUGUGAGCAUAUUGAAGUAAAAAAUUACCUAUACAAUUAACCAUAUCAGUGAAAUGUAUAAAAACCAGCGGCUGUCAGGCAGAAUACUUCCACAUUUUGCAGGAGCUGGAUAGAGAACAAGCUAAAAACAAACACGAUUUUUUGUACAAUCAGGGGCAAUAAUCCAGAAAGUUAUGAUCUGAAAUGUGCAAAUAUCAAAAGGGACCGAGAUCUUUGAGAUAUAAAGAUAUGUUUUGAGUUUCAUUAAAGUCGAAUAAAAAUUGUGACCUCUAGAGGGUCCACAACCUUCAUAUUACAUACUUUUACACAAUUUGCGUACAAAGAGCGGCCAUUUUGUUGAGCAGUUUCAUUUCAAUUUUCCCGAAAUUCAAAUUCAACCUUCAUUAUGGGGGAAUGGUGAUAUAUUUAAACGGUUUUUAAAAUCGGAAAAAAAUUGUCAACUCUAGAGAAUCUGCAAGCUAAAAAUGCUUUUUUUUUUCGAACAAUCAAGGGCCACAAUCCAGGAAGUUACGUUUGGAUAUGCGCUAUUAUCAAAAGGAACCAAGAUCUUAGUGUGUAACAGUGAUAUAUUGACACAUGUUUUUUUAAAUCGGAUAAAAAUUGUGACCUCUAAAUUUUGUACAAUCAAGGGCCAGAAUUCAGGAAGUUAUGAUCCGAUAUGCGCAAAUAUCAAAAGGAACAAAGGUUUGUGGGUUAUAAACAUGUAUUUCUAGUUUCAUCAAAAUCGGAUCAAAAUUGUGACCUCUAGAGGGUUCACAACCUUGAUAUACCAGAUAUUUACACUAUUUGUGUAUGAGGGGCGGCCAUUUUGUCCAAAGUUUUGGUCCAAAUUUCACGAAAUUCGAAGUCAACCAACAUUACGUGUAACAGAGAUAUAUUCGAACGUUUUUGUAAAUCAGAUAACAAUUGUGACCUCUAGAGGGACCACAAGUUAAAAACACGAUUUUUCGUACAAUCAGGGGACAUAAUUCAGGAAGUUACGAUCCGAUAUGCGCAAAUAUCAAAAGCAACCAAGAUCUUUGGGUUAUAAACAUGCAUCAAAAUUGGAUCAAAAUUCGAACUUAACCAUCAUUAUGGUGUAACGGUGAUAUAUUCACACAGUUUUUUAAAUCGGAUAAUAAUUUUGACCUCUAGAGAGAGACCACAAGCUAAUAACGUGAUUUUACGUACAGUCAAGGGCCAUAAUUCAGGAAAUUACUAUCAAUAUGAGUAAAUAUCAAAAGGAACCAAGAUGUUUGGGUUAUAAACAUGUAUUUCAAGUUCCAUCAAAAUCGGAUCAAAAUUGUGAGCUUUAGAGGGUCCACAACCUUGAUAUACCAUAUUUUUACACUGUUUGCAUACGAGGGCCGUCCAUUUUGUCCGGUAGUUCUGGUCCAAAUUUCACGAAAUUCGAACCCAACCGUUAUUAAGGUGUAAUGGUGAUAUAUUCAACCGUUUUUUUUAAAUCGGAAUAAAAUUGUGACCUCCAUAAUGUCCACAAGCUAAAAAACAUGAUUUUUCGUACAAUCAGGGGCCAUAAUUCAGGAAGUUACGGUCCGAUAUGCGCGAAUAUUGAAAGGAAUCAAGAUCUUUGAGUUAUAAACUUACAUUUAAAAUUUCAACAAAAUCAGAUAAAAAAAGAUUAUAGUUUUUGUCGUUUGAAGGUUCACAAAGUUCUACAAACUGAAACAAGCCUCAACUCUGGAAGUAGUGUACAAAAAUUGUUGAAAUUUGACAGGCUUUUUCGUUUUACUAAUUUAAAUAAUGCCUAUAAAUUUCAUACAGAUCGGAUGAUCACUUUUGUCAUUCAAACGUUCACAAGGUUCACAAUGUAAAACAAGGGCCAUAAUUCUAGAAAUUAUUGACGGAAAUUGCUGAAAUUCAAUAGACAUCUGUUUCACAAAUUUAAAUAAUGCAUAUAAAUUGCAUACAUAUCGGAUGAUAACUUUCAUCAAUCGAGCAUUAACAAGGUUGAACAAAGUGAAACAAGGCCCAUAACCGUAGAAAUAAUUAUUGUAAAUUGCUGAAAUUCAAUAGGCUUCAAGGUUUCACUAAUUUAAAUAAUGCAUUAUAAAUUUCACAAAGAUCGGAUGAUAACUUGCGGCGUUACAGCGUUCAAAAGGUUCAAGAAAGUGAAACGAGCCAUGAUUCCAGAUGUAAUAAACGCAAAUUGCUGAAAUUCAAUAGGAUUGGUUUUUUUAAUAACUUAAAUGGCACAUAUAAAUUUCAUACAGAUCGGCAGAUAACUUUAGAGGUUAGAGCGUUCACAAAGUGCAACAAAGUGAAACAAGGGCCAUAACUCUAGAAGUAAAUAACGGAAAUUGCUGAAAUUCAAUAGGAUUCUUCUCUUUACUAAUUUAAAUGACGCAUGUAAAUUUCAUACAGAUCGGCAGAUAACUUUUAAUGUUAGAGCGAUCCCAAGGUGCAACAAAGUGAAGCAAGGACCUUGUUGAACCUUGUAAACGCUAUUACGGCAAAAGGUAUCACCCGAUUUUUGUGAAAAUGAUAUGCAUUAUCUAAAUUAGUGAAACAAAGAACCCUAUUGAAUUUCAGCAAUUUUCGUUUAUUAUGUCUAGAGUUAUGGCCCUUGUUUCACUUUAUUGAACCUUGUGAACGCUCUAGCGACAAAGUUAUCAUACAAUCUGUAUGAAAUUUAUACUCAUCAUUUAAAUUAGUGAAAAAGCCUAUUGAAUUCUAGCAAUUUCCUUUAAUUUCUUAUACAGUUAUGGCCCUUGUUUCAGUUUAUUGAAUUUUAUGAAUGUUCAAAUGACGAAAGUUAUCAUCUGAUCUGUAUGAAAUUUAUUUGCAUCAUUAGAAUUAGGGAAAUGAAGAAUCUUAUAUAAUUUCAGCAAUUUACGUUAAUUUCUUCUGGAGUUAUAGCCCUUGUUUCACUUUGUUGCACCUUGUGAACGCGCCAGCUACAAAAGUAUCAUCCAAUCUGUAUGAAAUUUAUAUGCGUCAUGAAGAUUAGUAAAACAAAGAAGCCUAUUGAAUUUAAGCAAUUUCCAAUAAUUACUUCUAGAGUCAUCACCCUUGUUUAACUGAGUUGAACCUUGUGAACGCUUGAAAGUCGAAAGCUAUCAUCCGAUAUGUAUAAAUUUUGUAUGCAUCUUGUAAAUUAGUGAAACGAAGAAACCUAUUGAAUUUGAGCAAUUUCUAUCUGAAUGUGUAUGUGGAGCAGCCAUUUUGUCAGGCAAUUUCAGUCCUAUUUUCAUGAAAUUCGAACUCAACCGUCAUUAUGGUGUUACAGUGAUAUAUUUCAACAGUUUUUAUACGCCCACAUUUUCAUGUGGACAUAUAUUGUCAUCCCCCCUGUCCGUCCGUUCACAAUUGUUUGUGAACACUCUACAGGUCAAAAUUUUUAUUUGAUUUCAAUGAAACUUGAAAUAUAGGUUUAUCACCCUAAGAUCUCGGUUUCUGUCGAUAUUGGCAUGUAUCGGACUGUAACUUCAUGGAUUAUGGCCCCUGAUUGUACGAAAAAUCACGUUUUUAGCUUGUGAACACUGUAGAGACCACAAUUUUUAUCCGAUUUGGUUCAAACUUGAAAUGUAUGCUUAUUACCCACAGAUCUCGGUUCCUUUCGAUAUUCGCCCAUAUCGGAACGUAACUUCCUGAAUUAUGGCCCCUGAUUGUACGAAAAAUCGCGUUUUUAGCUUGUGGACCCUAUAGAGAUUAUAAUUUUUAUCCGAUUUAAAAAAACGUAUUUUUAUAUCACCGUUACACCCUAAGGAGGACUGAGUUCGAAUUUCAUGAAAAUCGGCCCAAAUCCGAUUUUGUUGAAACUUGAAAUGUAAGUUUAUAACCCAAAGAUCUCGGUUCCUUUCGAUAUUUGCACAUAUUGGACCGUAACUUCCUGAAUUAUGGCCCCUGAUUGUACGAAAAAUCAGGUUUUUAGCUUGUGGGCCCUAGAGAGGUCAUAAUUUUUAUCCGAUUUAAAAAAUGUAUUAUUGUAUCACCGUUACACCCUAAGGAUGGCUGAGUUUGAAUUUCGUGAAAAUCGGCCCAAAACUGACAGACAAAAUGGCCGCCCCUCGUUCUCAAAUAGCGUAAAAAUAUGGUAUAUCAAGGUUGUGGACCCUAUAAAGGUCACAAUUUUUAUCCGAUUAUGUUUUAACUUGAAAUGUGAGUUUAUAACCCAAAGAUCUCGGUUCCUUUCGAUAUUUGCGCAUAUGGAAUUGUAAUUUUCUGAAUUAUGGCCCUUGAUUGCAGGAAAAAUCACUCCUUUUUAGCUUGUUCUCUAUCCAUCUCUCGAAAAUGUGGGCGUAUCCUGCCUGGCAGCCGCUGGUUUUAAAUCAGAUAAAAUUUGUGACUUCUCAAGGGUCCACUAGCUAAAAUCACAAUUUUUGCGUACAAUCAGGGGCCAUAAUCCAUUAAGUUACUGUCCAAUAUAUGCUGGAAUGUCAAAGGAACCGAGAUCUUUGGAAUAUAGAUAUAUAUUUUAAGUCUCAUCAAAAUUGGUUAAGAUUCCCAACUAGCAGUCUUAUGUUGGGCCAAUGUCGGCAACCUUGGUUUUAUAUACUUUUCCACUAUUUGUAUGUAAGGAUGAUAUAUUUGAACAGUUUUAAUACAACGACAUUGAAAUGUGGUCACAUUAUUGUCUUGGCCCCAUCCAUCGGUCUGGCGUCCACAACCUAUAAAAGUUAAUAUCCGAUUGACUUUAAAUUGACUUUAAAUUUAUACACAGUGUUUAAGGUCAUGAGACGAAGAAGCCUAUUGAUUUUCAACUAUUUCCGAUAAUUACAACCAGAGUUAUGGCCCUUGAUCACUUUGAAAAAUCUUGUGUACCUUCUAGAAGCUAAAGUUAAUAUAAAUUGCUUAAGGUCAUGAGACAAACAAUUGAAAUAAAUUCUGAUGAUUUCUGAUAAUUACUUAAUGGGUUAUUACUUGUCAGUUUUUGAUGUGUUGUAAAUCUUCUGAUUACUGACAAAAGAAAAAUUAUGCGACAACCUUUGUUGACUGUGGACAACUUAGUUGCUGUGGGGGUAUGUUUCGUUGCCUGGCAACCUAUCUUGAAAAUCAGAUAAAAAUUGUGACCUUUAGAUGGACCGCAAGCUAAAACCAGGCAACUCUAUUUUCAUCAAGGUUGCUGGGAUGUAAAUAAGGUUAGGGCAAGUGAUUGUUGGCUAGAUUGUAGGUUAGGAUUUGGGUAAGUAUUAGGGCUAGGUCCAGGGUUAGGCUAAAAAUGUGAUUUUUCUCGUACAAUCAGGGGCCAUAAUCCAGGAAGUUAUAGUCUGGUACGGGGACGGACAGGGCAAUAACAAAUAUUGUUCAAAUAUCUCACCGAUACGCCAUAGUGACGGUUGAGUUCAAAUUUCAUGAAAAUGGGACUGAAACUGCCCAACAAAAUGGCCUUUCUACAUGACGGUUGAGUUCGAAUAUCAUGAAAAUCGGACCGAAACUACCCGACAAAAUGGCUGCGCCACAUAUAGUGUAACAGUAUGUAAUACCAAGGUUACGGACCCUCUGGAGUCCCCUUUUUUAUAUUUGUGCAUUUCUGGAUUAUGACCCCUGAUUGCAUGAAAAAUCACGUUUUUCGCUUGUGGAACCCUCAAGAGGUCACAAUUUUUAUCCGAUUUAAAAAAAAAAGAUUUAAAUAUAUCACUGUUACACCAUAAUGACAAUUGAGUUCAAAUUUCGUGAAAAUCGGAUCAAAACUACCCGACAGAAUGGCCACUCCCUGAACGCAAAUAGUGUAAAGUAGGUCAUACUAAGGUUGUGAUCACCCUCUAGAGCUCACAAUUUUUGACAAAACUUAAUAUAUGUUUAUAUCCCAAAGAUCUAGGGUUCCUUCGAUAGUUGCGCAUAUCGGAUCGUAACUUCCUGGAUUACGGCCCCUGAUUUACGAAAAAUUGCUUUUUUUAAAAACUGUUCUCUGUCCACCUCUUGCGAAAUGUAGGCUUAUCUUGCAUGGCAACCAUUUGUUUAAAAUGAUGUAGCUUGUCUAUCUCAUUGAAUAUUUUUCCAUAUCUUUCGAUAACUUUCAGUUAUUCCCCUUUGUUACGAUAUCUUGUUAGCACCCUCAGGGCUUCAAUUGUGAUCCAAUCUUUUUGAAACUUUGUAUUAAUUUUCAACAAUAACUUUAAGAGUUAAUCUCCUUUUUAUCAAAAUCAGUUAUGAUCGGAUCUUUCUCAAAUUGAUAUUCAAUUUCUACUAUAUUGACAGGAGGAAUCCUAUUGAUAUUCACCUAUUUAGGAUAAUGACUGCCAGAGUUAUUUCCCAAUUGUUAUAAAAUCUUGUUGUUUAUUGCUUGUAUCUUGCUUCGGGUUUGUCUUCAUGGUUUAUAUUGUUUAUGUGUUGUGCGGUUCUCCCAUAACUACUAUUGGAGGUUUUAAUUAUGAUCUGAUCUUAUUAAAAUUUGUAUUGUAUGACCA